UGGGGCAGGUUUCUGCUUAGCUUGGCAUCGGACUCUUCCCCUGUGCUGCAGCAGCACCGGCCGAUCCUUGGAGGAGCCUGUUGCUGCUUCCUCUCUGCUGCUUCCAAGCGUCCGUCUCCAUGGCAGAUCUGGUGGUUGGAGGGUGGUCCCCCCCACAGCCAGCCACUCCAAAGGUUCAGGUGAUCACUCAGCAGGUGAAGCCUCAGCUGGAAAGCCAAGAUGGCCGGGCCUCCCCCUUCAUCCUCUUCAUCGCUGUCUUGUACAGGAGUCAGGUGGUUUCUGGCACCAACUACCUCAUCAAGGUCCGUUGUGGCUACGGAGCAAAGGACUACGCUCACCUGCUGGUCUUUGAGGCCCUGCCCGUCUCCGGAGGACAGGCCGUGCUGCAGGGUUACCAGCUGGGCCGCACCAGGAGUGACCCCCUCACCCCCUGGUAGCCGCACAGGGCUCGAGGAGU